GCCGCUCGGCCGCCGCUCGCCGCCGCUCCGGCCCCGGCCCGCCGCUAGCGCCGCCGCGCCGCUCCGCCCGGCCCGCCGCUCCGGCCAAUGGCGGCGUCGCGCAGCAACGCGUCACAACGACGCGGCCCGCCCCGCGCCCCCCUGCGGCCGCCGAGCCCGAUCUCCAUUGGCCGCGGUGGGCGCGGGGCGGGGCGUACGGGAGGCCGCGCGCGGCCAUUGGGCGGCCGCGGAGACGGGCCGUGUUUGUUUUGCUGGCUGAGGGGCGGAGCCCGGCCGCCCAUUGGUCGGAGCGGGAAGGGCGGGAGCGGGCGAGGCGCGCCGCCGCGUGGAACUGGCGGCUCCGGCCCCCCCCGCCCCGCCGGCAGCAUCUCGUGUCGGGCUCCUGUCGUUCUUAGGAAUCACAGCACGAACAAGAUCCGUAAAUCUCCAGCCAUCUCUUCUCAGACGCGCUGCUCCGGGGCCAAGAUGCAGAACAGUUGAAAUGUUUCGUCACUGAAGCGCAGCAGAAGUCAUCACUAACGGCGAUGCAAGAAAACGGCCAACCGGGGGGAAAAGAGGUGGCUCUGAAAGCAUUAGGUUGUGCUCGUUUGUUCUCUUUGAAAGCCUGUUUACCUGCAAGUGAUCGGCAUGCUUGAAAACACGUGCAAGAGUUCAGUUUGUAAGCUUUUAGGAAGGGGCUGCGGUAGAUGCAGCCAGGAUUUCCAAGGCCUACCCAAAGGCUUCUCCACAGUGCAAUGGCUGAACGCGGCCUCUUUAGUUAACCUUCACAUUCCGUCUGCGAGCAAUUCCUCCUGCUGCCUUUUCCCACGAAGAGCGCUGAAGGUCAGGACUGCUCACCAACUGCCCGCAGUUGUAACCACGUGUUCUGAAACACAGCUUUGGGGGAAGUCCGUACUGUCCCCAUCCACUCUUUCUCUUCCUUUUCUUAUUUGAAUAUAUCCUCUCCUUUCACCACCUUUGUCUUAAACUGACCUUGGUGCAUGCACACACACACACAUACACAGACUGGGCUUUGUGGCUCUAACAUUUCAUGUCUCCAUCACUGUAAGAGCGUGAACUGCUCCUUUCUUCUUCUCCAAGACAUCGCCACGUGCUGAAGAACCAGAACGAAUUUGCCUUUGAGGGAAAUUAAAUAGCACUUUGUUUCCCCGGCUGCACACCUUAA